AAACCAGCCAUGAGAAGUAGUUCAUGCUGAUCAAUCUGGAUAAAAUUCAACUACCGUAGAUCAAGCAAGUUCCCUCUCAUCCACCAUCAUCUCUAGAACCUCUCCGCAGGAACGAGACCAAGCAGAAGCUAGCUGCGAGCAAUGGAGCACCAGAUGUUCAACGACCCGUUCACGAGCAGCAUGUCGUCACUGGAGGCGGAAAUCUUCUCCAGUGGCCAUCACCACCUCGCGCCGUCCCCGCAGUGGCCGGGCCUAGACCUAGACCACGACAUCCCGGCGGCGCCGGCUGCCAACAACGCCACCUCCUCCGGCGGCUCGAGGUCCCACCGAAAGAUGAGCCACAGCGCGUACGAGCGCGACAGCCGCAAGCAGCUCAACGAGCAUUAUUCCAACCUUCGCUCCCUCCUCCCCGACGAUGAUCAUCACACUAGGAAGCUGGGCAAUCCGACCAUUGUGUCGCGGGUGAUCAAGUACAUCCCGGAGCUGCAGAAGGAGGUAGACGGCCUGGAGAAGAAGAAGGAGCAGCUGACGCGAGCCAGCUGCAGGCCGGGAGAUGACACGGCUCCGAUCGUCUCCGCCACCUGCCUCGACGACAGGGAAAUCAUGGUCCAGGUCAGCCUGCUGAACACCAUGGCCGGCGCGCUGCCCAUGUCCAAAUGCAUCAAGGUGCUGGAGAACCAAGGCCUCUGCCUCAUCAGCUCGUCCGCUUCCGCUUUUCAGAACAGGACCUUCUAUAGCCUUCAUCUCCAGAGAACCCAACGAACAAUGAGCAAGGAGUGCUCAACAUUUUGUGACGAGCUGGAGAACGCCGUGAAGCAAAAGGCAGGACUACAUCCACAUUACUAGUAGAAGACAACAUAAUAAUGGUGGAUGCGAUCAUAUUUAAGUACUACCAAGAAUCAAAAUGCAUGCCAUACCUAUAUAGCAAAUAAUCAAAGAUAAAUAGUACCGAUGCAUGCAUGAUAAUAUAAAACAGUGUGUUCCAUAUAUAUAACUACUAUUGUAUUUACAUUCAGGCCCUACAUUUUCCUCUUGAUGUACCCUAGCUUGUACGCAGAUGCGGGUUGAGUAUAAUUAGUAUGCAUGAUAGGACGGAGAAAAUAAAUUUAGAGCUGGCCGCAAAAGCAGUGGCGUGCAUUCUGAUAAGACACGCCAUGUCCAUGUAAUUCAUACAAAUAAAUAAAUAUAUUAUGGUACCACCAUGUCGUGUAAUGUUCAUAUAUGAUUUGGAAUUAUGAGGAUGAUUAAUUUGCCUCAACACAUCGUAUUUUUACAUACAUAAACAAUUCAGACUCCUAGCAUGCGCAAAUAAUCCAUCACUUGGUUUCAGUGAGGACCAUUGACAAUACGGCUCCUCAGUAACUCUUCUUGUUUCGGACGACCAUGAAUGUUACUAUAAUUAAAUUUGAUAAUUACUGAUAAUUUAAUUUGGUAAUCAUUUGUUGAUGUGCUAUAUCAUUUUGUGUCGUCAUUGUGUUCUCAUCUUGUGGUGUGGGUGUGCUCAUGCGUUGGUGCAUGUCUCCAAGAUCUGCUCGUAUCGCUUGUCUUAGAUGCUAGCUUUUUUUUGAGAAACUUUAGAUGCCAGUUGUAGUAUCCUGCUGUAUUCCU